GGACGGCGAGACACCGGCGGGAGCGGGCGGUCGGCCUGGGUGGCGCGAGGCGGAGCGCGGGCGGCUCGGAGGGCGGACGGCAGCGCGUGCGCUCGGCCCUGGGCUGCGGGAGCAAGGGGAACACCGCGGCGGCGGCGGCUGCUGCUGCAGGACGAGCCCGGGGGACACCGCCCCUGCCCGCGCUCUGCUUCAGCCCAGCGCUGCUCCCCAGGGGCCUGUGCGGACUCGCCUGCGUGACGUGUCACGAUGUCUGACCGAAAGGCAGUGAUCAAGAACGCAGACAUGUCUGAGGACAUGCAACAGGAUGCCGUUGACUGCGCCACACAGGCCAUGGAGAAGUACAACAUAGAGAAGGACAUUGCUGCCUAUAUCAAGAAGGAAUUUGACAAGAAAUAUAACCCUACCUGGCAUUGUAUCGUGGGCCGAAAUUUUGGCAGCUAUGUCACACACGAGACAAAGCACUUCAUCUAUUUUUACUUGGGUCAAGUUGCAAUCCUCCUCUUCAAGUCAGGCUAGGUGGCCAAGGUGAAGGCUAGGUGGCGGCGGCAGCGAUGGCAAGCAGGCGGCGUUGCUGGGACUGUUUUGCACUGGGGCCAGCAUCAGGAAGUCCUCUCCAAUGGCUGUGCUACUGCAUGGACUGUAUACUCGAUUUCAUGUGUGUGUCGCAGUAAACAAAAACCAAACUUCUUUCUGUUUAGUUGCCUGGGGAAGAAGGCUGCUUUAUGUUUAUUUUUUUUUAAGACUUUAAAAAUAUUUUUUUGGUUGUACUGCACUAGGAAAUCUCUCCCACCCCUUCUUUUUCUCUUUCUCUCCCUAGAUAAAAUAGAAGGCCCUCAGCAAACCCAAAAGACUAGGAGGGCUGAGGAAUAGAAGUAGGUCUUGAGGUGGAAGUAAAACUGCAGCUGCCUUUCCAGUGGUGGGUGCUGCUCUAGGAGGGCUGGGGCCUAUGAGGACAGGUUAGGGUUGGCAAGGAGAGGGAUAGGAAGGUAGGUGGGGGGCUGCUCUAGUACCAGGGAGAAUAGUCCACUGAACUGUGACUUGGGGCAGGGGUGGGUGGGUAUGGUCUUAAGGGGCCCUGAGAUGUGUUUGUGGUGUGGGAGUGGGGAGCAGACUCGUCCUGCCGUCUUCGUCAAGAUUUCUAAGUAAGGGCUGUGUCUUCGUGGGUUACUCUCCUUUAUUCCAACCAGAGGUCAUGUUGUAGGACACUGGGAGUAGGACUAGCUUGACUUCCCUUUACAUUCUUCUGUCUGCUCCCUGCUUAGCCCUGUUUUUUCUCAUUCCUCAAUUCUCUUAGAGCAGCCCCUGUUGUUGGCUGGCAAGGGAAUUCCUGGUGACUGUAGUUCCUUAGUUAGGUCUUAGCAAUCAAACCAAAUCAAUGUCCCCCUCGAUUCUUCUUUGUGUGUGUCUGUGUUUGUCUGUGUGCGUGUGUGGGGUUGGGUUUGGGGUAGAAGGGGAGGGAAGGGGCAGGAUAAGUGGAAUCUUCAGGGUGUAUGGGGAGGUAGGGGGCACAGUUAGUUCUAAGUGGGCUUUUAUGUGACCUGUUGUGGGGUGAGGAUGGGUUGGUGUCACACCAUCCCCCUCCCCUCAGUCAUCUAGCUUACAUGCUCUGCUUUGCCCUAUGGCUGUUCCCUAGAAAAGUUUUGGAAGGUCAUCCAGGACAAGAUGGCCACCUGUCAUCUGCCCUGGAGUUGGAUCGGGGGGCAGGGCCAACUUGUGGCUGGUCGCAGCCUCUAGUGGGAAGUGAGAAUUGGAAGUAAUGAGGGCAGGUAGGGGCUCCUUGGAACAGGUCUGAUGUGCAGUAAUGAGGCGCUGGGAGUCGGAGGAGAUUCCAGAGAAGGGUGCAAGGGAAACCUGUUGGUGAAGCGAUUGGGGUGGGUGGGGGUUGUCAUUGCCAAUUGAGCUGCUGAUUCUUCCGAAUCACAUUUGGAACUCAUGUAGGGUUGACACUGUAAGGGGUGGGGAAAUCUAGCUUUUUUUUUUCCCCAGCCCAUUCUUGGGGAUGGGGGGAAGGCAGGAGAACACACCUUCCUCCUAGGCCCUUAGUGUGUAUUGAGCUUUUGUUUUUCUUCAGUGCUGGCAGGGGAGGGUGGGAACUGGUGGUGACUGAGUUCCCUGUUCAAACCUUUCAUUGGGUACAAGAUUGAAUGUUUGAUUUUAGGUUUUAUUUUUCUUAUGAAUGUCUAGAUCUGUGUUUCUCCCUGCCCUCCAAGACUCUGGCCAGUUGGAAGUGUCUAGUUUUGUUCAUCUCUCAUUUCUGGUGCAGGGACUAAGACCCUGCCACAUCUAUGCUCUGCAUCCACGCCUCUUUUGGACAUUAAAGGUCGAUUGAUGCACUUCUGA